AUGGAUCCGAUCUUAUAUGUUUCUACCAUUGAUGCUGAGCCUCUUCAUCGCUAUCGAGAAGGAGGCUAUCACCCCGUUGCCUUGGGGCAUAUAUUGAAGGAAGGGAGCUACAAGAUACUGCAUAAAUUGGGAUGGGGAGGUUACUCUACCGUGUGGGCUGCGAGAGAUCAGAGGUUGGAUGAGACCUAUGUUGCCAUCAAAUUCUCUGUUUCAGAAAGUGAGAACGAUAGAGGAAAUCGAGAAGUCCGUGUCAUGAAAAAAUUAGCAUCCAUUCACCCCAGUCCUCAACACGUGAUGUGCAUUCUUGAUGAUUUUGAGUUAGAAGGUCCAAAUGGAACUCAUAAAUGCCUCGUCUUUGAAUUGCUGGGACCUAGCGUUACCGACGUUACUGAUGCGCACUUUCCCGAUGGUAGGCUCCCCGGAAAGCUCGCUAAGAGUGUUGCAAAACAAGCUUUCAUCGGGCUCGACACAUUGCACCAACAGAAAAUUGGCCACGGAGACCUACAUACUCGCAACUUGGCUUUUACCAUGCCUUGCUUGGACGAUUUACCUGAGGGCGAAUAUCCCGGUGUACCAGAAUAUAUUGUUAGACAUGCGGUAUAUCGGUUACAUCCUUGGUCGUCACUCUCUAAUAUCAAGAUUGUCGAUUUCGGGGAAUCAUUAUUACAAAGCGCUGUUCCGCAGACUCUUCACACCCCGCUACCAGUUCGGGCGCCUGAGAUAAUAUUUAAGGACCAUCUAGAUUAUCGUGUGGAUUUAUGGAGCAUGGGUUGUAUGCUUUUUGAACUUUUCGUAGGCCAACCGCCAUUUGACAGCUUCUUGAUAACACCAACAAUUCUUGUUGGUCAAAUACGAGAGAUGGCAAGCGAUACACUACCCGCGAGAUGGAUGGAUUCUCCAGAUAUUCUGGACGGUACAUUUACCGCAGACGUUUCAGGGGAAGAUUUGACUAAAGAAGGCGUAGUUAAGUUGGGGCAAAUCAUUGGAAGACUGAUGGAUCUGAGCCUUCUUCUAGGCGAAUUCUCAGAAAUUGCAUAG